AUUACGGAAGUAGGAUACAAAUAAAUUAAAACGCUUUUGCUGGAGAUAGGACUCGUUUCUUAUUGAGCUACUCUGUUCGUGUGAAGAUCAUUUUCACUCUGAUUCCAUUUACCACCUGAGGUCCAAAGAUGUCUACUGAAAAGUGUUUCGCCAAAGGAAGUCCUGCACCCGGUCCAGUCCCUAAAGAUCACAUCAGACUUUACAGCAUGAGAUUCUGCCCCUUCGCUGAUAGGGCCAGAUUAGUGCUGAAUGCAAAAGGGAUCAAGUAUGACACCAUCAACAUCAACCUCAAGGACAAACCUGAGUGGUUUCUUAAGAAGAAUCCUUUUGGUCUUGUCCCAACACUGGAGACACCUGCUGGUGAAGUGAUUUACGAAUCUCCCAUCACCUGUGAAUACCUGGAUGAAGUUUACCCUGAGAAGAAGCUGCUUCCUUCCUCUCCUUAUGGUAAAGCUCAACAGAAGAUGAUGCUGGAGCAUUUUUCCAAGAUAACACCAUACUUCUACAAGAUCCCAAUGGAAAGAAUGAAUAGCGAGGAUGUCUCAGGACUGGAAACUGAACUGAAAGAGAAACUUUCCAAAUUAAAUGAGGACUUAGUUAAAAAGAAGACCAAGUUCUUUCAUGGUGAUUCCAUCACUAUGAUAGACUACAUGAUGUUGCCAUGGUUCUACAGGAUUGAUAUGUUUCAACUGAAACACUGCCUUGACGGCACACCUGAACUGAAGAAGUGGGUGGAGCGGAUGUCUGAGGACCCAGUUGUCAAAGCCACCUUGCACAGUGUGGACACUUACAAGGCCUUCUACAAGACUUAUGUAGAGGGGAAACCCAACUAUGACUAUGGGCUUUAGAAGCUACAAGAAUCAAACCGUAACUGUCCAAUUUUUGCUUUUCUUGAGUCUGUUUUUGAUGUAACAAGAGGGUAAAGUUGUGACCUGACUCUGAAUUUUCUGUCUACGCUCCCUAUGACUAGACUAUGGGCUUUAGAAUCUACAAGAAUCAAACCUUAACUGUCCAAUAUUUGCUUUUCUUGAGUCUGUUUUUGAUGUAACAAGAGGGAGAGGGUAAAGUUGUGACCUGACUCUGAAUUUUGUAUGUCUACGCUCCCUAUGACUAGACUAUGGGCUUUAGAAUCUACAAGAAUCAAACCUUAACUGUCCAAUUUUUGCUUUUUUUGAGUCUGUUUUUGAUGUAACAAUAGGGUAAACUUGUGACCUGAUUCUGAAUUUUCUGUCUACACCCCCCAGCUGCACAGAGCAAUACUAUUUAGCAUUGAACAUUACAAAAUGUAAUAGCUGCCGUAACAUUUGCAACAAUAUGAAUGAAAGCACCAAAAACUGGUAUACUGGUUGGUAAAAUAUUCCCAUUAGACUGGCAUAACAAGAGAGGUAUUUCUGUUAAAAUGUUUCCCCAACAGACAAAAGUGCUUUGUCUUUUCAGAUAAAUGCUGCAAUGUUUUUAUAAAAUGAUCAUUGUUCAUCAUUC